UUCAGUAUCAUUCUGACUUUUUUUUUUAAUCUUCCCAAAUUUAGCUUCCUUCUCUUCUCAGACCAAAAAUGGCGUCCUUUUAUCAGCCUUCUUCUCUUCCGUCUUCCUGUCCAGAGCUUUGAUUCACAAAUUAUGGCGUUUUCUUGUUUUAAUUAGAAGCUUCAUUUUGCAAUCACUCAUCUACUGAUGUAGACAUUGGACGAUGCACCUUCUUUCGUUCUAGUAUAUAAUAUUAUAAUAAUACCUGAUCAAAGAGCUUCGUUCUUUUCGUUUCGUCCUUAUUGAGAGAGACAGUGAGACAAAUAUGUCCGAGAGUCUUGACUCCUUUCUGCUUUCCAUUCUCUGCUUUUUUUGAAAGGAAUGGAGUGUUUUGACAUCUGGAAACAAAAAUGUUGCAGUUCUUAGAAGGAUUAAAGCAGCUACUUGUUGCUGCAGUAAAUUGUUGCGGUACUGAUGUGUCUAAGCAAACUACGGGUUUAGAAGAUCCAGAAGCUUUAGCAAGGGAGACAGUCUUUAGUGUAAGUGAGAUUGAGGCACUUUAUGAACUGUUCAAGAAGAUUAGCAGUGCGGUGAUUGAUGAUGGGCUGAUAAAUAAAGAAGAAUUUCAGUUGGCUUUAUUCAAGACAAACAAGAAAGAGAGCUUAUUUGCAGAUAGAGUAUUUGACUUGUUUGACACAAAGCAUAACGGAAUACUUGGUUUUGAAGAGUUUGCUCGUGCUUUAUCUGUCUUCCAUCCCAAUGCACCUAUUGACGAUAAGAUUGAGUUUUCAUUCCAGCUGUAUGAUCUCAAACAGCAAGGCUUUAUUGAAAGGCAGGAGGUAAAACAAAUGGUAGUUGCCACUCUAGCAGAAUCUGGUAUGAAUCUCUCGGAUGACGUGAUUGAAAGUAUCAUUGACAAGACAUUUGAGGAAGCUGAUACAAAACAUGAUGGGAAAAUUGACAAGGAAGAAUGGCGAAAUCUUGUCUUGCGGCAUCCAUCCCUUUUAAAGAAUAUGACUCUUCAGUAUCUCAAAGACAUCACCACCACAUUUCCCAGUUUUGUUUUCCACUCGCAGGUUGAUGAUACUUAAACGAAAUAAGUACAUCAUCCUUGUAAGUUUCAGCAGCCUUAGCUGGGAAUGAUGUUUCACAAAUGAAGGAACGAGGUUGUGAGGUACUGGGCGAUACGGUGGAUGGAUAUGGCGUUUGUUUAUAUUUUCAUUAAGUCGAACUUCAUCUUCUCUUUUUGGAUAGAUGAGGUUUCUCCGUUGUACAAAUGGGCUGGUUUAUUUAUUUAUUUGCUUCAUUGGAAAUAAAAAAAGGGGAGCAAAAUAGGAUAUUCAGGUGUCUCACCAUUACGCCGUUAGAUUUGGGGGGAUUUGGAUAUGCCCAGAUCUGGAAAUGGCCGCUACUGCAAAUAAGGGAGAGAAAAAAAGAGGAAGAUGAAGAUGAUGAUAAAGACCGUCCUUAUUUCCCCUGAAAAUAACAUGUCUAUCAAUUUUUCCUUGUCUUUUAGAUGUCGUUUUUUAAGUUUUUGGGUAUGAAAAUAUCGUUUGUGUAUGUUUUGUUGUAAUUAUAUGUUGGAAUUGUUGAACAGAGAAGGCUGAAUUAUUUUGUAAUUAGCACAAACUUUUCUAGAGCUGUAAAAAGGUGUUCCUUGUUUGAGAAGCAUGUUUUAUAA